AUGGACAGCAGUACAGACAACGACAUCGAAAUGGCCCCAGUGCCAACGGCGCAUCUCGCCAACGACAUCGUCACAGACUUCGCCUGGAGACAGAUGCAAGUCACCGUCAAGGAUCGACAGUCUGGAAAACCAAAGAACAUCUUGUCUGAUGUCGCCGGGCUGGUGGAAGCCGGAGACAUGCUGGCCAUCAUGGGGCCCAGCGGCUCUGGCAAGACGACUUUGCUCAACGCUCUGGCACAUCGCGUUGCCGCGGCUGGAGCCCACACUACUGGACAGAUCUUGACCAAUGGCCAAAAGUCCAACAUGACCAUGAUCCGAGAUCUCUCUGCUUACGUUGAGCAAGACGAUGCCUUGAUUGGCAGCAUCACUGUCAAGGAAACCAUGAUGUUCGCCGCACGACUUUCUCUGCCUAGUAAUGUGACGAGGAAAGAGGCCAUGAGGCGCGUUGACGACUUGAUUUCAAGCUUUGGUCUACAAGAGCAAGCACAUACUGUCGUGGGUACGCCUAUCAAGAAGGGACUCAGUGGUGGCCAGAAGAAGCGUCUCGGAGUUGCCAGCCGGCUUGUCACAAACCCCAAGAUUCUGUUCUUGGAUGAGCCUACCAGCGGUCUAGACUCUGCACUCAGUGCGGAGGUCAUCAGAUAUAUCAAGGAUAUUGCAAAGAGGAACAAGCUUGUUGUCAUCUCUUCCAUCCACCAGCCCUCUACGACAACCUACCAGCUCUUCGACAAGCUCGCCCUCCUCUCGAUGGGUGAAACCUGCUACUUUGGCCCUGUCAACGAUGCGCCAGAUUACUUCCACCGCAUUGGCUACCACAUGCCAGCCGCUACCAACCCUGCCGAGUUCUUCCUCGACCUCAUCAACAUCGACCUGGACAAGAACGGCGAGGUCAGAGAGCGCACCAGGGACGUCAUCGAACAAUGGAAGAAGUCGCCCGAGCGGGCCGCCCUCGACGCGGAAAUAGAGAAGGCCGUGACGACGCCAUCCAAGACGGACUUGAGCAAGCUCAAGCUGCCCAAGCCGAGCCCCUGGAUGGUCCCCGUCACCCUGCUCCACCGCUCCUGGAUCAAGGCUUACCGCGACGUUGUGGCCUACGAGAUCCGUAUCGUCAUGUACCUCGGCCUCGCCAUCCUCAUGGGCACCGUGUUCCUCCGACUCAAGUCGUCACAAGAGUACAUCCAGCCCUUCAUCAACGCCAUCUUCUUCGGCGGCGCCUUCAUGUCCUUUAUGGCCGUCGCCUACGUUCCGGCCUUCCUCGAGGACCUGCAGACCUUCCAUAUGGAGCGGGCCAACGGCCUUGUCGGGCCUCUAGCGUUCAACGUCUCAAACUUCCUCAUCGGCCUCCCGUUCCUCUUCCUGAUCACCGUCAUCUUCUCCGUCGUCGAGUACUGGCUCACCGGGUUCCGCGCCAACGGGUCCGCCUUCAUGAUGUACCUCCUCUGGCUGUUCCUGGACCUAUUGGCCGCCGAGUCUCUCGUUGUGCUGGUGACAAGCAUCUUCCCCAUCUUUGUCGUUGCGUUGGCCAUCACUGCCUUCGCCAAUGGCCUUUGGAUGGUCGUCGACGGGUUCCUUGUCCCCAUGAACAUCCUCAACGCGUUCUGGAAGUACGUCUUCCACUACAUCGACUACCAGGCCUACGUCUUCCAGGGCAUGAUGGUCAACGAGCUUAAGGACCGCGACUACACGUGCCCGCAGACCCCUGGUGGUGGGUACCAGUGCAUGUAUGCCGGCCCUCUGAACUCAGAGGGCAAGAUGCGGGGCGUCGAUAUCCUCAAGCAGUUCAAUAUCGAAACUGGUCUCGAGGGCACUUGGGUUGGCAUCAUGAUCGGAAUCAUCUUUGGAUACAGACUUCUCGCAUACCUUGCAUUGCGGUUGAAGAAGUAG